AUGCUGGCAACUGCACAAAGGGAGGCCUCUUCCCUUUUUUUGCCAAGGAACCUGUCAAGGGUUCUCAGGAGUAUUCCAAUGGCGCGGGAUAUGCGACGAGCAGCGGCCGUGGCAACACCCAGCAUAUGCACUCCGCGGGGCCCUCUGCGAGUGCUGCAUUAUCACACUGGCACCCACGUUCACCACCGCCACAACAACAAGAACAACUGCAGCAACAGCGACUCUACUGCGCCGGGUACUUCCUCAUGUUGGGGCUGCAGCUGUCCGGUGGUCUUGGUGCAGCGCCCACACCAAGUGGCUAAGCAGGAGCAGCAGGAGCAGCAGGAGCAGCAGGAGCCUCAUCACCCUCAUCAACAACAGCACCAAAAAAGAACUGAGGGCCCUGAGCCUGUGUAUAGCUUUGCCAAGGGUGGAUACUGGCAGCUACAAUGCCGAAGACGGAUGCGCUUUCCUUUUGGAGGCGAGUUGCAGAGGCUGGACAUAGCAUUUGAGGUGUACGGGCACCUCAAUGAAAAAAGGGACAAUGCUAUACUACUCGGCUGCGGUGUAUCCGCCUCGUCACACGCCAAGAGCCACCCUCACAACAGGGAAACAGGCUGGUGGGAGGGAUUCAUAGGCCCUGGGAAGGCGCUUGAUACGAAUCGCUUCUUCAUCAUCUGCAUCGCCAACUUGGGCGGUUGCAGUGGCACUUCGGGGCCCUCCAGCUUCAUCCCACAGCAGCAGCAAAAGAAGCCGCCCGAACCGGCAGCAGACAAUGAAAUUCGUUACGGGCUCAACUUCCCUUGGUUCACCGUGCAGGAUAUGGCGCGCGUGCAGCUAAGAGUCAUUGACCGACUGCAGAUAGGACGUCUUCACGCUGCAGUGGGCAGUAGCUUAGGGGCCCUGCAGGUGCUCUGUCUAGGGGCCCUUUUCCCUUCGAGGGUUGGACGCUUGGCUGUCAUCAGUGGGGCUCUCUACUGCCGGCCCAUGGCCAUCGCUUUUCGCUACAUACAGAGACAAAUACUUAUGGCAGACCCCGCAUUCGCAUGUGGCAAUUAUUACGGCAAGAAGUAUCCCUCUGUCGGCAUGAGACUUGCCAGGCAGGUGGCAACAAUUACAUACAGAAGCGGUCCCGAGUGGAUGCUUCGCUUUGGGCGGCUACGGGUUCCAGGGGCCCACCAGACUUCUUCUAAAGGGGAGGUCCUCGGCGAGGAGAAACAAGGUGUAGGUAGCCCCUUGGGGCUGGGGAGUUUGUGGCCCCUGUUGGGAGACGAUGAAAAGCACCUGAAGGCGGGCAUCCCUCCGCCCUUGCAUGCGCAGGAACCAGACCAGCAACAGCAGUUGCAGCAGCAGCAGCAGGAUGCAGAGCAGCACCACCACCAAAGCAUGCCAAGCCUUGGGGCUGAUUUCGCUAUUGAAGCCUACGUUGAGCAACAAGGAAGAAAGUGGAGGGCCUACGAUCCAAACUCACUCCUCUACCUCUCCAAGGCCAUGGAUCUCUUUUCUCUUGCGCGGCGGGACCCGCACACCGGCACUUCCUCGUUGGUCUACGGCGUCCGCAACCUACAGAUGCCCGUGUUGGUGAUGGGCGUUCAUAGCGAUCUCCUGUUCCCUCUGGAGCAGCAGAUUGAAAUAAAGGACACAUUGCGGAAAGCUGGAAACAAAAUGGUCUCUUUCUACUCCCUAGACAGCAUCUAUGGCCACGACACGUUCUUAAUCGAUGUCACCAAUGUUGGUGCUGGAGUUAAAGGACACUUAGAACAGGAGUUCGAUACAAACCAUUCAGCGCAGUACCUUGGUCAAUCUAAAAUAGAGUACCAGGCAAAAUCGAAUUCCUCCUUCAUGCAUAAACCGCCUAUUUUUCCGGCGGCACCAGGGGGACCCCGGGGGCUUCUCGCCAGAAACACACAGGCCCACUCAUUGAGAGACCAAAAAGUGACUACUGAGCCUCAGAGGCUCCAGAAAUCGCAUCUGUGCAUGGGUUCCAUGAAGCCGGAGCAGGGCAUGGCCUUGCUUCCAAUGGCGCCCACGGGCAAGAAGCCUGAGCAGGACACAUUUAGGGGCCCAGUAGAUUUUGUAUCUGCUAAUAGGGAAGCCGUGAGCAUGCUCGAAUGUAAAAAGCCGAAGCAGAAAACGCCCAAAGGGCAAUUUUCGAGGCACAAGAACUUCGGCGUGAUACCAAGAUACGUCAAAGUACGUUCAGCGUUUGAGGUUUCGUACAGGAUCACGGGACAGUUUUGUCGAUCAUGA